AUGGCGAGGGCAGGUUUAUGGGCAUCCAUUUCACCCAGGAGCUAUUCAAGUGAUACUCAAAGGAUGGAAAAUAUACAUGAUGGUGAUGGGACUCCUAGCAGCAGCCACCAGAAUGUAAAAGGCACUACAAAAUGGGCAACCUCCUUGGAGAACUUGCUUGAAGACCCAGAGGGAAUUAAACGAUUUAGGGAAUUUUUGAAAAAAGAAUUUAGUGAAGAAAAUGUCUUGUUUUGGCUAGCAUGUGAAGACUUUAAGAAAAUUCAAGAUAAGAAACAGAUGCAAGAAAAGGCAAAGGAAAUUUACAUGACUUUCCUGUCUAGUAAAGCCUCAUCACAAGUUAAUGUGGAGGGACAGUCUCGUCUAAAUGAGAAGAUCCUAGAGGAGCCUCAUCCUUUGAUGUUUCAGAAGUUGCAGGACCAGAUUUUUAAUCUCAUGAAGUAUGACAGCUACAGCCGCUUCUUAAAAUCGGAUUUAUUUUUAAAACACAAACGAACUGAGGAAGAGGAAGAAGACGCAUCUGAUUCCCAAACUGUAGCCAAAAGAGCUUCAAGAAUUUAUAACACAUGA